AUGACAGCGUUGUUUUUUGGAUUUUGGCAGUAUGCGGUCAUGCAUUUUAUUGCAGCUCGAUACGUGUGUUUAGUGAUUUUGUCGGAUUGGUUCGGUUUUGUUAGCUUCCGAGAGGUUGUGGUUCGUUGGAAUGUUACGGAAGUUGUUGAUGGGAUUCCCCACUUUUCCGUUUGGGUAGUGCCGGAAUCGGGCGGAUUUCAACCGGUUGAAUCCGAUCUGGAAUCUUGCUUCCAUGAAAUUUGCUCAUCAAGAACUUCGAGAACAUCGAUAUUUCUGGAUUGCGUUCGGGAUAUUGUCAUUCGCUACGGGCGUGGUAUGGUCUAUUGCAUUUUACGCAUGGUCCUCCUAUUGGGAAGAGAAGCGAAUUGUUGUCGCUUAGAACCAACGAAACAAACUUUUGGUACAACUGCAGUUUAG